CGACUCAGGCCUGUAAGUGCACAGCUGCAGGUACCAGGGGCCAGUUUAGUCCGGGGACAGCAGGUGGCCCAUGGCCUUUCCCUUGGCCGUGGAGAAAGGAAAUUUCAGCUGCUGGGUUGGAGACCGAGGGAUAGCGGGGAAGAAGGGUCUCCUCCUCCGCUGGCCCACAGGUCCGGCUGGAGUUGGGACACCCUGAGCCGGCUGGGUGUACUCCAGACCCCUCCUCCCCAGGCCAAAAGACUGCGCCCCCCCCGACCUCUACCCGGCUGCAUCUCCACACCAUUGGGACAGCUGUUCCUACCAGGUGGGGGCCGGAAUCUCACCAGCCUGGCACGGAGACCGAGGGUUGGGAUGGGCACUGAGGGGAGAGGAACCCAGCCAAGGUCAGCCCCUUGGGAGGCCUGAAGCCCUUCCAGGCCCUGGGAGAGGCGAGAGGGAGAAAGGGAACUGACAGUCCCCACUGGCUGGCUGGGGUCCUGUUAUCUCCUUGCUUCCUCCCCGGCAGCCGAGCGCUAAAAGCCUGGGCAUCCUCAGACCCUUUGGAGACACAGAGACCCAGAGAAGGUGAGCAGCUGGCUGGAGGGUGCACAGCCAAGUGAGCACAGGCCUGGUUGACCAGAGGUUGGAUAAGGUGUGGGCAAGCACUGCUUCCUCUCUGGGCCUGGAUUCCCCACGUCUGUGAGAUGGGAACAUUGAGAUGGGAUGCGGCCCAAGGCUGAUCUGUGGAGGCAGCAGCCUCCGGCCCAGGGCAGACGUCACCAUGGCCUUCCUGAUACACCUGCUGGUCUGUACCUUCGGGAUGGGCUCCUGGGUGGCCAUCAACGGGCUCUGGGUAGAGCUGCCCCUGCUGGUAACGGAGCUGCCCGAGGGCUGGUACCUGCCCUCCUACCUCACAGUUAUCAUCCAGCUGGCCAACGUCGGCCCCCUGCUGGUCACCCUACUCCAUCACUUCCAACCCGGCUGCCUUUCCGAGGUGCCUAUCGUCUUCACUGUGCUGGGGGUGGGCACCAUCGCCUGCACCCUCUUCGCCUUCCUCUGGAAUGUCACCUCCUGGGUGCUGGGCAGCCACCACAGCAUCGCCUUUCUGGUCCUCACCUUCUUCCUGGCCCUGGUGGACUGCACCUCCUCCGUCACCUUCCUGCCCUUCAUGAGCAGGCUGCCCACCCACUACCUCACCACCUUCUUUGUGGGUGAAGGACUCAGCGGCCUCCUGCCUGCCCUGGUGGCUCUCGCCCAGGGCUCGGGUCUCACCACCUGUGUCAACAUCACUGAGACAUCAGACACCACCCCGAUCCCCGAGACCACCAGGAGCAUGGACAGCCCACAGGGAGCUAGCAGCACUUUGGUGUCUGAGCUCGCUAGGACAGCACCCUCCGUGGUCCACCUGGAAAGCCACUACCUCCCCGCCACCUUCUCGCCCUUCGUCUUCUUCCUCCUGCUCUCCUUCAUGAUGGCCUGCUGCCUCAUUGCUUUCUUUUUCCUCCAGCGUCUACCCAGGCGCUGGGAAGCUUCCAUAGAAGACCUCCUCACCUCUCAGGUCACCCUCCACUCCAUCCGGCCGCAGGAAGGGAAGGACCUGGGCCCCCCAGGCCCAGAGGACAGCGGCAAGGGCCAGGAGCCUCUGGAGGAGAAGACAGCCCCCCGGCACCUGGCCCACCUGACCUUCAUCUACAUCCUGGUGGCCUUUGUGAACGCGCUCACCAACGGCGUGCUACCCUCCGUGCAGACCUACUCCUGCCUGUCCUAUGGGCCUGUGGCCUACCACCUGUCCGCCACCCUCAGCUCCAUGGCCAACCCUCUCGCCUGCUUCCUCUCCAUGUUUCUGCCUAACAGGUCUCUGCCAUUCCUGGGGGUCCUUACAGUGCUCGGGACCGGCUUUGGGGCCUACAACAUGGCCAUGGCCGUGAUGAGCCCCUGCCCCCUCAUGCAGGGCCACUGGGGUGGAGAAGUCCUCAUCGUGGCUUCGUGGGUGCUGUUCAUUGGCUGUCUGAGCUAUGUCAAGGUGAUGCUGGGCGUGAUCCUGCGUGACCGUAGCCGCAGCGCCCUCUUGUGGUGCGGGGCGGCGGUGCAGCUGGGCUCGCUCCUCGGAGCGCUUAUCAUGUUCCCACUGGUCAACGUGUUGAGGCUCUUCUCAUCCGCUGACUUCUGCAGCCUGCAGUGCUCCACCUAGGCCAACUGAAGUGGCGUGGUCCAUCACAAGGCCCCGCCCCCAUGACUAACACCCGGAAACUGGGACCCCUCGAGGCAAGGCGUGUGCCCAAGGUCGCAGAGCCAGUGGUAGGGAGCUAGGAGGCAGAGCUCUUUAACUGAUUUGCAGCACCCUGCUGGAGGAUGUUAGAAGCGGAACAGCUGGGAGGUUGAGCUGCCCAUUAUAAGCUAUGUGACCUUGGGGAAGUCACUUGAUUGCUCUAUCCCUCUGUUUCUUCAUCCAUAAAAUGGGGAUUAUAAGAAAUAACACCUACUUCAUAGGUUUGGCACAGGGAUAAAAUGCAGAAGCACCCAGCACAUCCUGAUCUGACGCCCAACAGUACUAACAGGAGUGACAAUCUACAAAGCCUAGAAGUGGCCAGAGGCGUUGAGAGAUGACCCCUUCCCCAUAUCCUUUUUCCCCCAUUGUCUCAGAGAAGCUUCUAGAAGACAGAUGGCUAACGGUGGAAUCUCAGGCACCUUGGCUUCCCAAUUCCCACUAUGGAGGAACAUUGCACCCCUUCCUGUCACCCCUGCUGACCCAGGAAGGCCCACUCCUUGGAGAUUAAGUGACCUCCUAAGAGGCAGAGAGAGGAUUGGGGCGGAGGGGCCACAGCAAGGCUCUGAACGUGAGUCCCCCCCACCCCAUUCACCGGCCGACACUGAACUGGGAGGCAGUCCUCUGAACUGGGGGGAGGAGGAGAGUGGGGAAGAGUAUGUUAGCUACCUGAUAGUUUUUUGGUUUUACUUUUUGUUUUUCUUUUUUUAAAUAAAGACAUUCCCUGCUUUUACACUAAGGUCAGCCUUCCAAGAAAAAGUCCAGCAUGAACACCAAAAAAAAAGUUUCAAUAUAAUCAGCUUUCAGUUGGUUCUAAGGUCAAGGCUGAGCUCAGAAAUAAACAGAAUCAAGGGCUUAGAGAAUGUCUGGUCCUGGGACUUCUUUGCUUU